AUGGGCUUCCCAGUUGGCUACACAGACUUCUUCCUCCCAAAACUGCUCGUCUACACACUCACCUUUCUGGGUUUCAUCAGAAAACUCCUUUCCAACCUCUUUGCUACUUUUGGUCUCGGCGAUUUCCUGGAACCCGAAGUUUCGUUCCAGACCGGACCCGAAUGUUUAUCGGAACUCCACUCUGUCUCUGCAGUUCUGAUCCGGGAACUCUUACCCGUCGUCAAGUUCUCCGACCUAAUCGAACCGCCGGAGAGCUGUGCGGUGUGCUUGUACGAAUUCGAUUCCGGUGAUGAGAUCCGACUGCUGACGAAUUGCCGGCAUAUAUUUCACCGGAGCUGCGUGGACCGUUGGAUGGACCACGAUCAGAAGACGUGUCCACUUUGUAGGACGCCGUUUAUCCCCAAAGAUAUGCAACAGGCUUUCAACGAGAGGCUUUGGGCUGCUUUUGGGAUCUCUGAUUUCUACGGCGAGUACCCACCCAUUACUGGGAAAACUGUGGUGGCGUUUAGUGGUGGAAAUACUGUUUACUGA